CUUUUCUCCUCUUGAGAGUGCAUGUUUGUAUUUGAGCCUAUGCGCGGAAGAUCGGCAUGUCUGCCCCCAAUGACUUCGAGUAUCGAUUCUUGUCGCAUUUGCGGGGCAUGGAAUCCGUCUAUGGUACUCUCAAGCAGUUCUGCAAUUGAGUCCGGCUCGAUACUCGGGAAUGGAGACAUGUCGCUAUACUUAUUAUUUAAUCCACGCGAAGAUUGAGACCAGACUGUUAAUUUAUAUGCCCGGUUAGCCCGAAUUCAUAUUACCGACAUAAUGACCUCCUACCCCAAGAAGAAGUGCGGUAUCCUUGGUGCCACCGGAUCGGUGGGCCAACGAUUCAUCCUCUUGCUCGCCGACCACCCGUUCCUGGAGCUCCAAGCCGUCGGUGCCUCGAGCCGCUCCGCCGGAAAGGCCUACAAAGAUGCCGUGAAGUGGAAGCAGAGCACGGCCAUGUCGGAGCGACUGAGCAACCUUGUUCUGCGGGACUGCAGGGCUGAGCAGUUUGCCGACUGCGAUCUUGUCUUCUCUGGACUUAACAGCGAUAUUGCGGGUGAAACUGAAAUGGAAUUCAUCAAGGCCGAUAUCCCUGUCUUCUCGAACGCUAAGAACUACCGCAAGCACCCCACCGUCCCUCUGGUCGUCCCCACCGUCAACCCCCAACAUCUGGACUUGAUUCCCCACCAAAGAAAGCACUUCGGCCUCAAGAAGGGGUUCUUGGUUUGCAACUCCAACUGUGCCGUGAUUGGCGUGGUUAUUCCGUUCGCGGCUCUCCAGGCCAAGUUCGGGCCCGUCGAGGAAGUGGAGGUUUUCACUGAGCAGGCGUUGUCGGGAGGUGGAUACCCCGGUGUUCCUAGCAUGGACAUCCUGGACAACGUCAUCCCCUACAUCAGCGGCGAGGAGGACAAGAUGGAGAACGAGGCUCAGAAGAUCUUGGGCUCUCUGAACGCAGAAGCUACUGCCUUUGAGGAACAGUCCGGUCUCAGAAUCGGCGCCACAUGCACCCGGGUAGGCGUCACAGAUGGCCACAUGGCGUUUGUGUCGCUGCGGUUCAAGAACCGCCCCGGCCCCAGCGCGGAGCAAGUGGUCGAGGCCAUGAGGGAGUAUCAGUCUGAAGCACAGAAGCUGGGUGCCCCUUCGGCACCGCAGCAGGCCAUCAAGGUAUUCGAUGAGCCUGACCGUCCCCAGCCGCGACUGGACCGCGACAUCUCGCACGGCUACACCGUCAGCGUCGGUCGCGUGCGUGAAGGCGUUCAAGGCGGCUUUUUCGACCUUAGGUUCGCUGCGCUUUCGCACAACACCGUCAUCGGAGCGGCCGGGUCGUCUAUCCUCAACGCUGAGGUUGCUGUCAUCAAGGGCUACAUCUGAUUCUGUACAGCGUAUGCCGUUGAAGCGAUAAAAAUUACAUUAGAAAUUAGCCUGCAGAUACAUAGACAUCUAUACCUAUCUUGUCCAAUCGAA